UACAGAGAGAGGAGAGAGCAUGAUCUGCCACGAGAGGCUUCUUGUGUCAAGGGCAAAAAAAAUCCAUUUAAAGACGAAUGAAGAAUUCAUCAGACGAGACAGACGGAUCGGGCUAGAGCUUUGAAGAAGAAGGAUUAAUACGAGUGAUUAAGAGAAAGAAAGACUGGAAUAGUUCAUAGCAGGCAACUGUACGAGUGACCUCCACGCUUUGGACAGGCAGUCGCCAGGAAUGGUGGAUCACUUGUUGCUUGGUGAAGAGACUUUCUUUCCUUAUACUUGUUUGCUGUCAGCCCACAACCCAUCGGAUAUGGUAACAGACGAGGGGGUGUACCAUAUGCUUCCAUCUCCAUUCUCAGAGGAUAACCUGAGUGACACAUCUAGCCCUCGUUCCUGUUCCAGCCCUGAGUCUCAGGUGCUUGGCUCCAGUUGUGGGAGCAACUCGAGUGGAGAAAGCCAAGAUGACCUGCUUGACUUCCUCCACUCUCAGUCCAUGUUGAGCCAAAAGUCCCCCUCCUCCACCACAAUGUCUCCCAUGGUCCCUCCAAUCCUUCCCAUGGGUCUCGCUUGGGAGUCACGAUGGGACCGUGCCACCAAAGAGGAGUGCUUCGAGUUCCCGGUUUUCCCUGGAGAUUUGGAGAACCAUGCAGGGCUACUAUUUCAGCCCACCUUGGAAGAAAUCGAGGAGUUCCUGGAGGAAAAUAUGGACGUGGUUGCCUUGAAGGAGGGAGCUGGUGAGGGUUGGAUGACCGGUGCAAACAGCCAGGCAGCUACAUCAGAAGCUUGGGCUCAAAGUUUAGACCAAACAGUGCCUGUCUCCAGUGACAUAAUUGCUGACAACGAACUAAAAAAUGUACAAUCCCCAGCAGGGCCCAUCACAAAUCCCCAAAGUGCGCUGAAAAAGGAGGAUUCAUCUGGGAAGGUUAUGGUGGUGGAUAGUCCUGGCAUGCCUGUAAUCCUACAGCUCCAACCCAUUCAGGUAAAACAGGAGUUGAGCCCGAAAGCAGUCCCCACACCACCUACACCGCAACCUGCCUCGGACAUCAAAAUAACCCAGCUCCUCGUCAACAUCCAAGGUCAGACUUUCGCCUUGGUUCCUCAGGUUGUCCCACCGGCCAGCCUUAGCAAUUCAUCCUCAAAGUUUGUCCGUAUCGCCCCGGUUCCCAUUGCUGCCAAGCCUGUGGGUCUUGGGGAGAAUGGAACAGGUGAUGCCCAAGGGCUUAUAGUUGGCUGUCACAAAUUCCAGAAAAGCACCGUAGCUGAUCUUAUUAAAAUGCACAAGUGCACUUUCCCUGGCUGUGCCAAGAUGUACACCAAGAGCAGCCACCUAAAGGCCCACUUGAGGAGACACACAGGGGAGAAACCAUUUGCCUGCACUUGGCCAGGCUGUGGCUGGAGAUUCUCCCGGUCGGACGAGCUGUCACGACACCGUCGGUCUCACUCUGGAGUUAAGCCCUACCAAUGCCCCGUCUGCGAGAAGAAAUUUGCCCGCAGCGAUCACCUGUCCAAACACAUCAAAGUCCAUCGCUUUCCACGAAGCAGCAGGACAGCACGCACUGCACACUGACCCCGCACAACCCUCCACCAGAGGAGUGAGAGAGAUAGAGAGAUCUAGAGAGUGACAGAUUGACUCGUGGUACUGUCAUAAUUUAUUACGUGAGGUUCCGAUUAACUGAAGAAGAAUUUGGAACUGCUACUUGACUUGUCCGACUUGCAGAUGUUCUAAGCUUUGUAGAUUGUAUUUUUAUAGUCUUCAUGAUUGUUUUCUAUGUCUCGAGAACAAAUUUUGCAAUGUUCAAAGUAUUUUUUUUUUUUUUACUUUGAGGUAUGAAUUGUUGAUGUAUCGGCCAAUAACUAACGCAUCAACAUUCCUUGUUUAUUCUCAUGAGAAAGUCGCUUCUCUUUGCCAAUGUAAAGUGUUUGGCUCCUCUUAACCAAAAAUCUCGGGUUCAUUUUAACUACUACUGAUCAUUGGUAGGAUUGUGCCAUUAUAAGCUAUUGGCAAACUCUGAGGUUUUUCCUCUUGACUUUCUGUUGUAUGCUUGUAAACGAGCCGGAUCUCAUGAAAAAAACGUGACUGUGGCAACAUUUUUGCUAAAUUAUAUUACAUGGCUCCUUACAUGUAUCACGACAGUUACUAGGUGCAGUGCCCACUGAGUGGCGCUAAAAGCGAGUUUAAGAUUAAUGCCCUAUUGAGUUUUAAAUCAUCAAAAUGUACCUCCCUAUCCUAAACCUUAAACCUAAACAUAACUGACAGUUUCAGAAAAAGCAAAUGCGAGAUGAAAAAUGCAAUUGCUGCAGCAAACACAUCAUUUUGUGGUGCUUCUAUGACACUUUCGGCUCAUGUGUCGACUCACAUGCUCUUCAGUGCUUGUACCCCAGUCCUUUUUAUUGCAAGUGAAACAUUCUAUCAGUUAAGCUUCUGUACAAUUUAAUUGCACUUAAACUAGCUUAUAAAUGUAGUUGGUUUUUAAUGCCUCUAAUAUUCAUUUCACCAGGAAACUGCUGCGAUACAUACAGCAAGCCAUGUAAAAAUUAGUUUGCAAAAAUGUAGGUAUAGUAAGGUGAUUCUAUGAGACCAUGUAGUAGUAAACUGUGAAAUGCCUCUCAGUCACACCAUAUAGAAUGAAACAACGAAAGUCAAAGCACGCACAUUUGUCGUAUGUGAACUGGCCUCCUGAUCAGUAUUGAAAUUUUCUUCUAUUUAAAACUUUUUGUUGUCAAUGCAAAACCUUUUUUUUUUUUCAUUUCAUUUGUUGCUUUCAUAAAAGACCUAGUCUAAGUCUAAAAACAAGAUACCUUCUGGGCCUUUGUGUAAUCUAAAUGUUUGCAAUUGGGGCCAAGGCAUUUGUGGUUAGGUGCUUGCGGUUUGUGGAUUAUUUUCAACAGCAAUGCUACACAUUUCAUAUUUGCCUCUUACCCAAAUUAGAUGAUAUAUACAGUAAGUCAGUCAUUGUUGAUAUGUAAGCUUGGUCAAUACUCAAUGUCACAUAAGUAUUUCACAACUCUGCUUUCCCUGCUGGAAAGACCAGCUUAGACCAGCAUGAAUUUUAAUUCCAAUGUGGUUUAUGCAGGUUAGUGAUGGUUUGAUGAUGGUCUAGCUGGUUGGACCAGCAAUACUGGUCUUUUCAACAGAUUUGCCAUUUGAAAUAGUUCUCUCCAACCAGAACAAGACUGAAUAACUCUUUAUUCUCACCUCAACAAAUCUGAAUGCUGUACUGGAAUACCAACCCAUUUUUUUUUUAUUUUUUUUUAACUUGGGACUACUUCAUCUACCAAAAUGUCUCAAGUUCGAAUGACACAAACUGGAAUUGCAAGGUGCUAACCAGCCUCGAACAGAAGCUUCUUUACAGUGGGACAAAACCAGGUCAAAUCAUGCUUGAGAAAUGUAGUCCUGGAAGCAUCUGGAUUUCAGAGAGGACAUUCUUCAUGGGAACUGUAGUCAUGGACACAGCUUGACUACUGAUACGGCAUGUUGACCAUACAGUAUGUUCACUAAAGGAAUGUGCUUAAAAUCUAGUGGAGUGCUGAUAUCUUCUACUAAUGUUUAACAAAAUGAUACGUCUUCUCUGAGUAGGGUCUGUUUAAGGAUCUGGAAUUGGAUUUUUAUAGGUUGUUAGAUGUAGGGCUUUGUAACAACCUUGAAAAUCCAAUCUCUUCUAUGCAGUCUGUUUUUGCCAAAACAAUAGCUCAAAUGGAAACAACUACAAUGUUAAACAGAGUGCCUUAGGUGUGCAAUUGACGUGCAGUUGCUCUUUGUACUGUGCAGACAUUACAAUAUACAGCCAGCAGGCACAACAGCCAACAGGAACCUGUAGAUGCAUCUACGUAUAUACACAUAAAGCAUAUAUGAUAGUAUAUGACAGGAAUGCUGCCAUUCAAAGAACCAAUCAGUACUGCCCUGAAUCGUUCUCUAGCCACCCAAAAUAUCAAUUUAGUAUCUAAGCUGAUUUAGAUGUUUCUGCUGAAAGUCUAUAGGAGAAAUACAAAUAGACACAAAUGAGUCAGUUGUUGACACACAGUAAGCAUAUAGAGCUAUACACUUAUUGUGGAUAUCAGAGCUCAGAUUGUUUGUUUUGGAAGCAUUUAAUGAGAAAUGUUUGCAUUCAUAUUGAAAUCUCUGACUUUUGAUUACAGUGAAUUUGAGCACAUUUUGAGAUAUCAUUGAGAUCUCUUUUUAAACUUUAGAAAAGACAUGUGAGAUUACUAGGGUCAUUUUCUUCUCAGAAGAAAAAUCUGAGAAGCAGGAGAUUUACAGUAAACGAAAAAGAAGCAAUUGAGACAUUAAUGAGAUCUCAUUUAUGAUCUUUCCUGUAGGCAGCUCUGCAUUAUAGAGCAUAACAUCAAGAAACAGUAUGCUUUCCUGACUGCGGCAUAGAGGAAUGCUUAGAAAUGAAUAUGGUAUUGUUUUUCUGCUCAGAUCAUUUAGCAGUUGUUGUGGUCCGGAAAACUGAUCUUUGAUCAGAUACCUGUAUAACGGAGCAGGAAGAAACUAGAACCACUCAGGAUUCUAACAAAAAAAACAGUACCAGGACAAGUUCCAGAAGAUCCCUUUAAAUGAAGAAAAGUGUGCCACAAGUUUAUGCCAACACAUAUGGUGCAUUAGUAGAUGUUUUGCUGCUGUUUGUGCUUGUAAACUUUGAGCAUACCAGUGCCAAUGAGUCUUAUUUAUGUAUGUGAAGAUGAGAGCAUUUCUAAAAUGUAAUAAUGCCCACACAUUUUAAAUACUAUCAUAUCUCUUCGAACUUGUUUUGUUGCUCUCUGAAUUAUCAUCCCUCUUGCAUAAGAGCUAACCAUGCAGAAUCAAUUUUGAUAGGAACAGAUGAUUGGUUGCAUUGCUCAUAGCCUCACCCAUCUGAAAAACACAGUAAGAAUAUGCUUGACUGACGCUUGUUGUUUAUCAUGGUCUAAUGUCCUAUGAGCUUGGUAUUCCCUGUUCAAGUUCACGACCGUUAUUUGUGUAAAGAGUAACAGAAAGACACACAGGCGGAGGAGACUGCAUACUGUUAGUGAUGCAUUCCUUGUCGUCUACAUGAAUUUCUCUGUGAAAUAGGUGCUUAUGGCCACCAUUGAAUGUAUGUAUACUGUAUGUACAAACUUUGUACAAAAUGUAGUUGGAUCAGAGAGUACCGGAUAUUCUUCUAGACGUAUCUCACGUCUUUGAUUGUAUAAAUGUCCCCUGUAAAAUGUAAACCAAUGUACAUAAUAACAAUUCAGUAUAUAUAAAAAUAUAAAUAUUAUAUAUUUUUCUUGAUAUACAUAAGAUGCAUUUACAAAUAAAGUGAAAAUAAGAACUUUGA